AAUAAGGAUUGAAGUUUUUCUAUUUUUAUAAACGUUUAGCCUUCAUCAGAAGUUGACGAGAAAUCGAAAAUCACCGUGAAUACGAAACGACUUAGAAUCGUGUUAUUCUCAUCGCUAGGCCCCGAUGCACCGGCGCUGCAGCUGCCGUGUAGUGACAGCUGCAGCUUUUUACUCGCUGCACUGGUUACUCUGGUUUCCAUGUGCGGAAGACGUCGGACAUGGUGCUGGUCGCACGCCACCGGCUGAUAAAAAGCUUUUGGAAAAAGAAACGGAUGCAACCGAUGCAAAGUAACAUCCUAUAUUAUCCGAUAGAUAACAAUGGUACAAUUAGAAAAAUCAAGAACUCAUUUUCUUGGACGAAAACCUUGAGCUUCCCUGCGAGGGUAUCCCCCCAGAGGCCUGCCAAGGAAUCAAAAGGGUUUCAUGUGAGCCCUAGUGCUAGCCCCACGUCGCCACCGAGUCCCAUCAACGACAACAUGGACAAGGCACCGAUUAUUACCGACGAGAAUUUCCAGGACUUGGAAGCAGAAAAGGCAAUAAUGGGAUCAAUUGUGUACUGCAUACAUCACAAAGAUGGAUGCAAAUGGUCAGAUGAACUUCGAAAAUUGAAGGCUCACCUGAAUACCUGCAAGCACGAUGCGGUUCCCUGCAGCAAUAAAUGCGGCGCAAUGAUCCCUCGUGUACUCAUGGAGGACCAUUUGAAGUACACUUGCGCUCAACGACGAGCUCGCUGCGACUUCUGUGCCAAAGAAUUCACCGGUCACACACUCGAGAAACACACAGGAACAUGCGGUUACGAGCCAUUGUACUGCGAGAACAAAUGCGGCAUGAAGGUGCAAAGAAGGCAUCUAAGUCAACACAAACUGGGCGAAUGUGCGAAAAGGCUGGUAGCCUGUCGUUAUUGCAACAAAGAGUUUGUUUUUGACACGCUAGGUGCCCAUCACGCCAAGUGUGGCCGUUUUCCAGUCGCUUGUCCUCAUCGUUGUGAAACUGCAGUUUUACCAAGGGAGGAUCUCGAAGUCCACUUGAAGGACCAUUGCACCACACACCUUUUGUCUUGUACCUUCAAGGAUGCUGGGUGUCGUUUCAAGGGAAAUAGAUUCUCAUUGGACAAGCACCUGGAAGAAUCAGCAAAGAUGCACCUGAGCCUGAUGUGCAGUGUAGUAACCAAACAGCAGCACCAGAUAACCAGCCUGAAAUCAGCAAUUAGCAAGUUGUCGUUAAAUUAUACAGGCACGCUAAUAUGGAAGAUCACAGAUUACAGUGCGAAAAUGUCCGAGGCAAAGGCCAAGGAGGGAAUGGAACUUGUCAGUCCUCCAUUCUAUACUAGUCAAUAUGGUUAUAAGCUACAGGCGUCAGUUUUCUUAAAUGGAAAUGGAACCGGCGAAGGAAGUCACAUCUCUAUAUACAUAAAGAUUCUUCCCGGAGAGUAUGAUGCUCUGUUGCGAUGGCCAUUUUCUCAUAGUGUAUCUUUCACUAUAUUCGAUCAGACGGUGGUGGCAGAGAAGGCUUGCAAUAUCGUGGAAAGCUUUAUACCGGAUCCAACAUGGAAGAACUUCCAGAGGCCAAGUCGUGAACCCGAUUCUCUUGGUUUUGGUUUCCCUCGAUUCGUUUCCCAUGAAAUGGUCAAGAAACGGCACUUCGUCAAAGACAAUACCAUGUUUAUACGAGUUAAGGUUGAUCCUAGUAAAAUUGUGGCUGUUUAGAUCGAUAAGCAUUAUUCUUUCGGUAACGUUGUAUCAUACUAACUCAAUUGCUAUCGUUCUCCACAAUAAUAUACUUAAUAUCGUCACGAUACAGACGUAAACGUUUCGAUAUGGUUUAUACGCAUUUCUUAUUUUACAUGUAACGUCAGUCUAGUAAACGAUUAACGAUGUUUUGUAUUUAUUAACAUCGAUCGCGUAUACAUGGCGUGAUAGCGCGAAGUACUUUAUAUACAAGGGCACAAUGUGGUACUUAGGUCAUUGCACUGACAGUAUGAUAUUGUGAAAUUGAGUUAACAUACACAGGAUCUUUACGGAUACAAUUUUAGGAGGCAAUAGUAAUUCCCCAAACAAAACAUACUACUUGGAACAGCAAACAAACACAACAUGAAGUCACUUGACUUAGUCAACUUUUGUUUUACCAAUGUAAAGAUAAUAAGGAGCUAAAGAUAUUCAGAGUGAAUUUCAAAGUUUUAUUAUGUGCAUUGAUAACAUCAAACUCUUGUGUUUAUUUCGGUUCCCAAUUCCCGUCACAUUGUAAUAUAAUUUCCAUUUUCUGCAGCGUACAAUGAACACUUCGGUUUUACAAGCUUAACGUAGAAUUGAGAAUUUAACUGAAAAUUAAUGGUACCGGAUAUCGAUUUACGGUCGCAAAGUUACGUCGAUCAAUCUGCGUUAAGUUUGCUAAAGCGAGAUUUACUCUUAAGAAUUGAAAUCAAAGAUUAUUAAAGGACUGUAUACUAUAAGUUUAAGGAAUGUAAAUAUUGUGAAAAAGCCGAGCGAUGAACGAGCGAGUAAUUAGUUGAACCGGCCGAAUCUACCAAUGUAAAUACGAUGUUAUUACACCUUUAGUGAUAAUGAGAAAUUGUGAUUGAGAUGCUAGUGACUGUAUGUAAUGAUUUAAGAGUAAGGAACAAUAAAACUAUUAUAUUGCAUUUGUA